UAUCAAAAUGGAGGUCAUCGAAGAUGGAAAUAUUAUGGACCGCAUCCCCAUAUUGUUGCAGAGGGAUUUAGAAUACUACCAGACGAAUCAAACUGUGCUAUCGGAAACAAUAUGCCACGGAGUUGUGGGUGGUAGGUUGGAUUUUCCUAGAAAUGCAUCAUUUGCUGCAGCUAAAAUAGUUCUUUGGCUUGAAGAGGAAUUCUCAAUUGCAUUCAAACAUGGUUCUGGAAUGUUUGUUACAACUAAAGAAAAACAAGAUGAUGCGGAGGUCGCUAAAACUUCAGAUCCAGAUAAAUUUGUCCAGCUCUCUAUAAAGACAUCAGAUUCUUUGCUAGAACAUCUUCAUGUGCUGGUGCAAGAGGCGUUGGAUCAUGCUGAUCUGCCAGUGCUGAUCGCGACUUUGGGCGCAGCUGCUUUGUUGAAGAACAGUCUCUACUGCUUCAUGCAACAUACAGAGGAUUCUGGCGCUGAAAGGCAUUCUUUGAUUCAGUCGUGCUACAAACGCUACGUGACGAUGUUCGAGGCUGUCGGCGAGAGGGUGCUGGAUCUCCACAACAGGGUGCUCUCGUUGUACGUGAUACAGGACUCCGGCGGCAGACCCAUAGACGACCUGACCCGGGCGGUGCACGAGUGCGGCACGCCCUCUAUACAGGGUUGGUGGUUGUAUAUGAACGGCAGUAAGAAAGACUUAUGGGAUACCGUACCACCGAGGAUGGCUCAGAGAAUUUUUGCUGGAAUGCUGAAUGAAACUCUUACCAUCUUGACUGUGAGGUAUUGUCAGACGAAUACAACAGAGAGUACGACGAAACUGCUCAUCAACGACAUACUCAACAUACUGCUGUGUGUGGCGCAGCUGUUACCGGCUAUAUGCAGCAGCGGAUUCGAGCUUUGCGGACUGCAGGUGUCACAACUGUCGCGCGACGUGCGGGACGUGCACGCCAAGUGCAACGAGCUAUUCAAGUGUCUCGUGUAUAGAGGCGCUGAGCUGCAUUUCCUGCAUCAGGCAUUCAGCGACAACGAAGCAACUGACUUGGCGAAGGACACGUCGUUCCCGUGGUACACGUUCGUCAGUCCAAUGUUCGACAAGACCGACGACCUCGCCGCGACGAACACACUCGACCUGUCCACGAAUACUGCGGUUGGCUUGGAGCUGAUAGUGUUGCUGGCUCAGCCGCAACCGUCCUGGGCUUUGCUUGUUAAGACGCUAAUGAUGCGAGACUGCCACCUCUGUCGCGCGCUCCUGAUACACGCCAUGAAACACAUGUCCGUCGACAACUCGAGAUGGCCGGCCAGCGGCCUGUGGUACAGCCAGGACGGACAGAACAAGUGUAAAGGGUUCCUGUGCACCGCUGACGGGUUCUGUACUUUUACAGGGGAUAGUAGUUCUGGCGAAGAAUACGCCCGAACAGUCGGUGCGCUCACCUACAUACUGGUCACCAUCGGUAGUAAGGCGGAGGUGAAGUCAACUCUGUCGUAUGCUCUAGAAAUAUCCGGGAGAGACUGGGCCGCUUGUUUGGAUAAAAGGCAGGUUUGGUGCGACCGUCGGCCGCCUUGGUUGGCCGGCAUGUUGGGUGUAGUGGGGAACUCCCUGCAGUUUGUGCCGGCGAUUCUAGUGAAUGCUGUACAGACUGGCGCGUCUAUGUAUCAGACUAUGUCCCUCUGUCUAUCCUGCAUAUCUCGUACCAUGAACUGCAUACCGCGGUGCCUGCUCAACGCGUGUCAAAUACUGGAGGGCAUGUUAACGUCUACCGUCAGCCCGGUCGGGGGUUCGAUUCUCCUGCAGCUACUGAUCACGAUCGUGUAUGAGGAGCUACAGAAGUGGGCGAAGAGGGAAAUGCUUAAGAAGAAUGUUGUGUCCAACGGUGAAGCGUACAAUAUGAAUGUCAAACAUACCAGAACAAAACUCAAACACGUUCGUAUUGUUUCACAGAGUCAAAAUUCAUCAUCAUUCGACAGCGCUCACAGUUCCCCGUCGUCCAUAGCACUCGCCAUAGCAGAAGCGCUUUGUUCCAUAGACGAAGACGACAAACACACAGCGGAAAUUACCAACCUGUUAACACAGAGUAAAAAACCACAUACUGUCACUAAUAACUUCGGCUUGGAGGAUUUCCCAGAGUUUGCGGAGUUUUUCGAAGAGGGCAGUGUGCCCGCAUCGAACGCGGAGCGGGCGAGCGACGCCGCGGCGCUAACUAGCGAAAUUCUAAUGACUGACGCUGGCAAAGACAGCCUGAGAGUAAUAUACGACCACCUACAAUUGCACUGCGACAGAAUAUACAGACAGCUAGGUAUUGAGGACUCACAGGACACUGACAGUGUGAAACUGAACAAAGCACCGCUGCUAUAUAUAAUGUUUCACAUUGGAAGACGGCCUUUCGAUCAGUAUCUAAGAGGGGAAUGGCCGAUGUCAUGGAGUAAGCUAGUGUCUACUGCCAAAUCUUGGUCCGGCGUCGAAGGAGCGAAAGUACACAUAAACAGACGGACAGACAUAAGAAACAUAAAAACGGGCAAAGCCAGUAAGCAGCUGACGGAACUGUACAACAUAUUCAAGACGCCAUCGGAUUGUCUCCUCUGAAUUUAUACAAUAUGUGCAAUUUAUUAAGCUACUGCAAAGCUUUUAUCGAAGGCUUUGAGGUGACCGCAUCAAGAAAUUCCGUAACGAAAAAACCUAACAGACUCGUUGCCAGACUUUGGCUCGGAAUUAUAAAUAUUGCAUCCAUAAAGUUAAUAUACCUAGCGGAAUAGAGAAACAAAGGCCUGAGCAA